AUGGCCACACUUGACGUAGAGGCUUUGCUCGACGCCACUGCUAGCAAGAAUGACGAUGUGAAGGAACCCCAGCCCCGCGACUCUGCCGACCGAGAGAGAUCCGAUCGAACCGACCGGCGGGAUCGCGACCGUAGUCCGGAUCGUAGCCGACGAGACCGUAGCCCUAGGAGGCGCGAUCGGAGCAGUGAUCGUGGUCGACGUGACCGAGGUGAUGACAGAGAAGCCACUCCCCGAAGUGAUGCAGGUAGCCAUAAGAGUAGGCGCAGAAGCCGGAGUCGUGAUGAUGAUCGCCGACACUCACGCCGUCACAGAGGAGGUGAUGGGGAUUACUAUCGUAGCGGCCGUGGUGGCCGAGACCGCUCACGCUCUCGUUCGCCUCGCCGGCAUUACCGACCGAGGGAUGAUCACCGCGACCGUGAUGACCGCGGGUCAUACCGAAACAGAGACGAUGAUAGGCCCCGCAACGGCCGGACUCCUAAGCGCGACGCUACGCCCGUGUUGACCGAGGAUGAGCGUGAUCGUCGCACCGUAUUUGUCCAGCAACUAGCAGCUCGUUUACGCACCAAAGAGCUUAAAGAAUUUUUCGAAAAAGUUGGCCCUGUGAACGAGGCCCAGAUUGUCAAAGAUCGCAUUAGUGGAAGGUCUAAAGGAGUUGGCUAUGUUGAAUUCAAAAACGAAGAUUCUGUCACUGCAGCCCUUCAGCUCACAGGUCAAAAACUAAUAGGUAUUCCGGUCAUCGUUCAACUUACGGAAGCUGAAAAGAAUCGCCAAGUGCGUAAUACCGACGGCUCCGGCCAUGGCAACUCGGUUCCCUUCCAUCGCCUCUAUGUAGGAAAUAUCCAUUUCAGCAUUACCGAACAAGACUUGCAGAAUGUCUUCGAGCCCUUCGGCGAACUUGAAUUUGUUCAACUUCAGAAAGACGAUACCGGCCGUAGCCGUGGUUAUGGAUUCGUACAGUUCCGCGAUGCCGACCAAGCUCGGGAGGCGCUUGAGAAAAUGAAUGGAUUUGACCUUGCCGGUCGCCCAAUUCGUGUUGGUCUUGGAAACGAUAAGUUUACCCCUGAGUCAACUGCCAAUCUCCUACAGAGAUUCCAAGGCCAAAACCAACCAUAUCAGGGCUCUGCUUUCUCCGGUGCUGGUGGACGAGGUCCUCAGACCUCUGGCUUCGAUCGAGCUGGUGGUCGUGACAACGACAAGGCAACCGGUGCCAGUGCCCUGGACGACACUGACGUUGCUGGUGUAAAUUUUAACAAUUAUAGUCGUGAUGCCCUUAUGCGAAAACUUGCUCGAACAGAUGAGCCCUCUAACGGCACGCCAAACGAAGGACCAAUCGUUAAACCUAAGACGGAGACCAAACCCCUUCCUGUCAAGGUAAACAUGGCUAGUCGCUGUGUAGUCUUGCACAAUAUGUUUGAUGCCCAAGAGGAACAAGGUGAAAGCUGGGUUAAGGAGCUCGAGGAUGACGUUAGACAGGAAGCCGAAGAGAAAUAUGGCCACGUCGUUCAUAUUUCGCUCGAUCCUAAUUCGCAGGGCGACAUUUAUCUCAAGUUCGACAAAGUUCAGGGAGGCGAGAAUGCCAUCAAGGGCCUUAACGGCCGUUAUUUUGGAGGCCGCAUGAUUAGCGCCGCCCCUGUUGUGGAUGCAGUCUACAGCAGUUUGUUCUCUCGCACCAAGGCUUUCUAA